GCACUGAGCGCCGUAAAGAUUCCUUUUAUCACGACAAGGUUCGCCAACAGGAAGGGGCCGAGAUCAAUGCGAGCUUACACGCCCUGAAGGAGUGCAUUCGAUAUAGAAUGCUACGCCAUCACCACAACAACAAUAGCAGCAGCAGUAGUGUGUCGGUGGAGAAAGAAG